AUGAGUGACGCUGCUCAAAUCCUAAAAUCUGUCCAGAUAGGUUUAAAUGUCGUCAUAUUUCUUCUGAACACUGAUCGAGGCCUACAAGCGACUGAGUUAUGUAAUGAAUGUGUAAUUCUACUUCAAAACCUUGACUCUGGUGGUCACCUUGAUAUCUCCGAUGUACUAUUCAAUGCGUACUACGCCAUCUCUGGCUACAGAGAUGCAGAAAGACGUGCCAUGAAACUUCUUGACACAUUUAACCAUGCUUGGGAACUAAUCUACUAUCUGGGAGUCAUAUAUCAAGCACAAAGCCGGUUUGUAGAGGCAAAGCAACUCUUUAAAGCCGCACUCACCAUCAUGAAAACCAUUGGUCACAAAAUAAAACAAGUACCGGCUUAUGUAGGACUCGUAUUUGUCUGUACUAGCCUUAGAGAAUAUCAGAAGGCUAAAGAAUAUUUCGAGAAAGUACUUGCCACCGUGAUAGAAAUUAGCGACAGAAGGGCAGAAGGAUUAAUCUACGGCAAACUUGGAAGAGUGUUUCAUUCCCUUAGCGAAUAUCAGAAGGCUAAAGAAUAUCACGCGAAAGCACUCGCUAUCGCGAUAGAAAUUGGCGACAGAGGAGAAGAAGGAACAACAUACAACAACCUCGGAUGUGUGUUUCAUUCCCUUGGCGAAUUUCAGAAGGCUAAAGAAUAUCUUGAGAAAGCACUUCCCAUCGCGAUAAAAAUUGGUGACAGAAAAGCAGAGGGUUCAGCAUACGUGAACCUCGGAAGUGUGUUUCAUUCCCUUUGCGAAUAUCAGAAGGCUAGAAAAUAUCAAGAGAAAGCAAUUGCCAUCGCGAAAGAAACUGGCGACAGAGAAUUAGAAAUGGCAGCGUACAAUAACCUCGGAAGUGUGUUUCAUUUCGUUAGCGAUAAUCAGAAGGCUAAAGAAUAUUACGAGAAAGCACUUGCCAUCGCGAUAGAAGUUGGCGACAGAAGAAGAGAAGUAACAACAUAUGCUUGCCUCGGAAGUGUGUUUCAAUCUCUUAGCGAAUAUCGGAAGGCUAAAGAAUACUACGAGAUCGCACUUCCUGUCAUGGUAGAAAUUGGCGACAGAAACGGAGAAAAAGCAACAUACGGUAACCUCGGAGGGGUGUCUUAUUUCCUAGGCGAAUAUCAGAAGGCUAAAGAAUAUUACGAGAAAUCACUUGCCAUCGCGAUAGAAAUUGGCGACAGAAGUGGAGAAGGAACAAUGUACAACCACCUCGGAGAGGUGUUUCAUUCCCAGGGCGACCAUCAGAAGGCUAAAGAAUAUCACGAGAAAGCACUUUCCAUCGCGAUAGAAAUUGGCGACAGAAAAGAAGAAGGAAGAAUAUACGCGAAACUCGCAUUGGUGUUUCAUUCCCAAGACGACUAUCAGAAGGUUAAAGAAUAUCACAAGAAAUCACUUGCCAUCUCGAUGGCAAUUGGCCACAGAAACGGAGAAGGAGUAGCAUAUAGGAAUCUCGGAAGUGUGUUUGGUUUCCUUGGCGAACGUCAGAAGGCUAUAGAAUAUGGCGAGAAAGCACUUGCCAUCGCAACAGAAAUUGGCGACAGAAGAGGAGAAGGUUCAGCUUACUUGAAUCUUGGAAAUGUUUACAGAAAGCUUGAUAAAAAUCGGCAAGCUAAAGAACAUUUCGACAAAGCAGUCGGCGUCAGUAUUGCAAUUGGUGACAAAAAACUUGAAGCAAUGGCGACUGUAGGUUUGGCAGAUGUCUCUGCUUCUGUGAAUGACAUUGAGAAGGCAAAAGAACAUUGUGAGAAGGCGCUUACAAUCAGCAGAGAAUGUGGCGGUAGAAACUACGACGCAAACUUUUACCUAUACCUUGGAUGUCUAUUCCGAACGUUUGGUGAGUGUGGCGAGGCAGCAUAUUAUUUACAGAAAGCUUAUUCCAUAAGCAGCCAAAUUGGACUCAAAUUGAUUGAGUUUCAAAGCCUUCUCAGUAUUACAAUUUUAAAGAUAUCGCAGUCAGAGGAUGUGGAGGCAAUGGAAUAUCUUCUUCAAUGUAUUGGAAAAUAUGAACAAAUCAGAACUCUUCAGAGAGGAAACAGUGGAAUUGAAAUUUCUCUGUUAGAGGAACACGGUACUUUUCCCUACAAGUUACUCACUAGCCUCCUUUGCGGUACUGGAAAAUUUCGAGAUGCUCUCUAUGUUGAGGAGCUGGGACGAGCAAGAGUCCUCGCAGAAUUCAUGGCAGACAAGUACUCCGCUCAAAGCCACAUCUCAGCUGAUCCACGAUCAUGGUUCGGGAUUGAAAACAUCGCGAGAAGAGAAAGUAACUGUGUUUUUUUGUACAUUUCGUAUGAAGAUCGGCAAGUUCUUCUCUGGGUAUUGAAAGCAAAUGGACACAUUUUCUUUCGAAAAACAGACGAAGUGAAAAUAGACACUCUUAUUGCUGAACAAGUUUGCGAAGUUGAAGGAGUUUUCAAAAAGAGCGCCAAAUGCUUUGGUGUUUUACCCGCAGCGAACUGCGAAGACCGAUCGCUGGAUGACAACGUGACGACAUCUCUUCGUGAAGAGAGCCAAGCAAAUUUGCGAGGUGACGAAACCAAAGAUACCGGAAGAAGUCAUCAUUUGUGCUACGAAUGGAUCGUCGCGCCUGUGGCAGAUUUACUUACAGAGCCCGAAAUCAUCAUUGUACCGGAUCGUUUUUCGUACCGAGUCCCAUUUGCUGCCUUGCGUGAUGAACCAGCCGGAAAGUAUUUAUCGGAGAAGUACAGAAUACGCAUCGUCCCUUCAUUGACGACUCUCCGGCUCAUUCAAGAAUGUCCAGCAGACUAUCACAGUCAAACUGCUGCAGUGGUUGUGGGUGAUCCUACGGUUGGCAAAGUAUAUUACAAUGGACGUCUCACUGACAUUACACCAUUGUUCUGUGCAAGAAAGGAAGCAGAGAUGGUUGGUCAACUCCUGGGCGUUCAGCCUUUAUUAGGAAGUCGCGCAACAAAGCAGGCGGUUCUUCAAGCAAUACCUUUAGUGAGUCUGAUACAUCUUGCCGCACAUGGAAAUUCCGAAAGAGGAGAGAUUGCCCUCUCUCCUCAACGUACUAGUAACAAUACUCCACAAGAGGAAGACUACCUCCUGACAAUGUCCGACAUUGAAGGAGUUCAAGUGCGAGCUAAACUGGUAGUACUCAGCUGUUGUCACAGUGGACGUGGAUUGGUUAAAAAGGAAGGAGUUAUUGGAAUCGCUCGAGCAUUCUUAGCAUCUGGUGCACGUUCAGUGUUGGUAGCAUCGUGGGCUAUAGAAGACAAAGCAACGGCGGAGCUCAUGAAACAUUUUUAUAAACAUCUUGUGCGUGGAGAAAGUGCUGGUGAAUCUCUUCACCAGGCUGUUCAAUGGUUGAGAAGCAAUGGAUUCUCCAAACCUUCCCAAUGGGCUCCGUUUGUGUUGAUGGGGGAUAACGUGACAUUUGAUUUUAUGAAAAAAGGGUAA